GGAGAAUUAGCUGCUCCCCACGUCACCCACAGUCCUGCAGGAGACCACGACCUGAAGAAUGAAUGUUACGGAGGAUCCGAGAAACGACUCCUUCUCCUGCUAUCACCCUUCAGUGGUAAACUACCGCUAUUUUGGCGUGUUGUGGGGGUGCGUUGUGACCACUGUCGGUACAGUGGGCAACCUGAUGACCAUUCUGGCCUUUGCGCUUGAUUCGCGCCUGAGGACUCGCUUCAACCUGCUCAUCAUCAACCUGGCUCUGACUGAUCUUCUAUACUGCACCGUGCUGCAGCCCAUCUCGGUAGAUUCCUACCUCCACCUCCGCUGGCGUGGAGGCUCGCUCUGGUGCAAUGCCUUUGGGCUGCUUCUCUUCCUCUCCAACUCCGUCUCAAUUAUCACCCUCUGCCUGAUAUCUGUGAGCCGAUACCUCCUGGUGGAGAAAAGGAGGGUGUUUGAUCGUGUCUUCUCAGUCCCUGGCCUAAGCCUCCUCCUGCCCUCCACCUGGGUAUUGGGGCUAGCCAGCUUUGGCCCACUCUGGCCCGUCUUUGUGUUCGCCCCACAAGUGUGCACAUGCAGCUUCCACCGGACAAGAGGACGCCCCUACACCACUAUCCUGCUCUUCUUCUACUUCUUCAUUGGCCUCGGCUGUGUCGGCUUCUUCUAUCUCCUGAUUUACAGACGGGUCCGAGUUGCUGCACAGGCUCUCACCCGAUAUAGGCUCAGCCGCCGCUCCUCCAGAAGGAAACCAGCUUCAUCGACGCAUGGGACUGAGGAGGACAGUGGCGUCGACAGUGGGUUGGCCAACACAUGCAGCUGUGAAAUGAGCAGCCAGGAUGAACUGGCCCCAAACAAGGCCAUGGUGUCAUGGGAGAAGUCCCCCGGGGAAACCCAGUCUUCCCGCUCGACCCUGAGCUCCACUCAGACGUCACAGCCCGCAGAGAUCACGGCGUCUCCCCACGGCUCCAAGCAAGUGUCCCCCUCCCCUGGACCGGCUCCCGCCCCUGCAGUACCCUCUGCCUCCACCCACUCGGCCUCGGGGGACGACAGCGAGUUUAAACGCGUAACCCGGAUGUGCUUCACCGUGUUCUUGUGCUUCGUGUUCUGCUUUGUCCCGUUCAUGCUACUCAACAUAGCUGAUAAGCAUAACCGCGCCCCCCUGGUGCUGCACAUGUUCUGUGCAAACCUCACUUGGCUCAACAGCUGCAUCAACCCUCUGCUCUACGCCGUCAUGAACCGGCAGUUUCGACAGGCCUACCGCAUGCUGCUCAGUAGGGCUGCCGCGCCCUUUGCCUGCCUCUGGGCCUGGCCAACGGCUCCAGGCUCUUGAGUUGCCCGUCACAUGAUUACGGGACAUAAACGAGAUGAACUGGUCAUGAUAAAAAAAGCUUUUGCUGACGUUCUCAUGAAACGAAGAAGCACGUAAUGUUGAUAUGUUGAUACAACGCACAGACUGGGACCCCUGCUAGCUUCGGCUGCCCUUUUACUUGCCCUGAGGUGCGAUGUGCAUCUCACCAUAUUGAUAUUGGCUUUUACCAUCACAUUGUUUCCCUAUUUUUAUCAUGUUUGCUCAGUUUGUGUUAAACAUCUUGAUCGUUUUUACCAAUGACCCUGUUUACACUUGGUUCUAAAAUGCGUUUUGAGCGAUGGGAUCACAAGUGGACAGCGAGGCACAUCGCCGUUUACACCUGUGUCUAUCAGGCAUCUCCGAACGCGUCCUGCUGACCACCUGUGAUCAGAUUUCAUUACUCCGAAGAAGAUUUCCUGUUACGUCCUUGUCGAGGACACAUCAGGACGCAUUAGCGUUUACACUACAAAAGACAUGUGGUCAAAUGCGUCCCAGACCACCUCGGCAAGUGGUUUGAGGAACUGGUUCACUAAAAGUUUUGGUGGUCGUUUGCACUUGUAUUUAGCGCUGUCCACUUGUGAUCCGAUCGCCAAAAAAAACGCCUUUUAAAACCAAGUGUAAACGGGGUCAAUGUGUUAUUCUGCUUUUCUCUCACUGUUCCGUUUAUACUUUUGUACUUAUACUUUCACAUUUUUAUACUUACUUUUUUAUACUUGUAUACUUCCUUUUAACAUGAGCUGGGGCACAGCAAGUAAGAAUUUCAUUGUACUAUGUACUUGUACCCAUACGGAUGACAAAUAAAAUCUGAGAGG